AUGUGCGACGCUUUGGAGAUAGAGAAACAUCGUCUAACUGAGGACAGUAAUCUGGGAGAGAGGACGAAGCUUACGGUAGACCAAAUAACGGAAGGAAUGCAAUUGUGCCUUAACAUGUCUUAUUUCACGUUCCAAUCUAGAUUAUACACUCAGGAACUAGGACUUGCCAUGGGAUCGCCAAUAUCUCAUGUAUUGGCAAAUUUAUACAUGGAAGAUUUUGAAACGAAGGCGCUGACUGACUCUUGUAGCUCACCGAAAAUUUGGUGGCGCUACGUGGAUGACAUCCUUGUUAUCAUAAAACGGGAUAAGAAAGACGAGUUUCUAAACCGCUUGAACACACUAUGGAAUUGGAAUCUGGCAAUGGAACAUUGCCAUUCCCUGACU